AUGUAUGUUUACGGAAAUUUAUUCUCAUAUAUUUUGCAGUUGGAAAAGCAGUUGUCAAAUUUACAAUCUCAAGAGGAUGAUUUUGAUGAAUCAGAUGACAAUCGCAGUGCUAUUGCAGAUAAGGGUCGUUACAGAUGCUUUGCAAAAUUGUUACUAAACCCUUAUAUAAUCAGAAACAAUUCGUGUGUAAAUGAGAAACAUCGAUCAGGAGAUGUCGAAUAUCAGCUGGAUACUCUUUUAGAUGAAGUUGAGGAUAUCAAGGAUCACACGGAGAGAUACUGGAUUGACAUGGAUAUUGACAGGAAAGAUUAUGAGGGUGCUUUGAAUAUUAUAACCGUCUCAAAAAUUUUGAGGAAGAAGAAACCCUUUAUUGAUACAUGGUGUUUAUUAUAUGUAACACCCGAAAUGAGAAACGGCUCAGUUGAAAACUACCUGAAAAAUCUACCAAAUAGAUUUGACAUUUACCAGUUGGAGGACGAUCUUUUGCGGAAUAAUUUAAGGCAGCAAAUUACACUCUUGACUUACAUGGAAAGGAAAAAAAUAGCCCACAACAAUAUAAAACCAAGCAAUGUUUUAAUAUCGCAAGAUGGGCUAAAAUUGCUCCUUUCAGACUUUUGCCCAAAGACAUUGUUCAUUGAGCGGUGCUACAAGGUUAACCAAGGGAAACUAAAUAUGCAUUCGUUCAUAUCACCGGAAUUGAUGCUUUUGUUGGCUGAUAAAAUCCCAUUCAACUCCCCAGAGCUUUCAAAUGAUAUCGUGGCGAAUCUAAAUCGAUUUCAACAUCUGGAUUUCGCGGAAAGAAUAGAUGCGUUUCUCCAUAAAAACGAUGUUUUCUGCUUGGGCUUAGUCUAUUAUCAUCUGUUAACGCUAACAAUCCCUAAAAUGGACGAGCAGUUGGUAUACCAAGACAUGAUAGACGAUUUGAACAAACUACGAGAUACGCGUGAUAUGGGUCUCAUAGAUAUGGUCUUGAGAAUGUUACAGUUUGAUCCAUCCUUCAGACCAUCAUGGGCUGAACUACUUGAAGAUUUUGAGUAA